UACGCAGACAGCAAAUUCCAGCACAUCGCCAUUGUCCUUCGAAUCCUAAAUCAUAUCAAGUCUUGUAAGUUGUAACAGCUAACGAAACAAAGUCGAAUUCCAGAAAUCAUGGAGACAGACAUCCCUAUUCUGGAACAGGAUCAAUCCUCACCAACUCCCAAACACAUCUUCAUCCUCUCAGGCCAAAGCAACAUGGCUGGCCGAGGCGGCGUCUCCAAGCACCAUCACUGGGACGGGAUCGUUCCACCGGAUUGCCAACCGCACCCUUCCAUCAUCCGCCUCAGCGCCAAGCUCAACUGGGAGGAGGCGCAUGAGCCUCUCCACUGCGACAUCGACACCCGCAAGGUCUGCGGAGUGGGGCCCGGAAUGUCGUUCGCCAAUGCGGUGAGGGAGCAGCUGGGUAGCGAGUGCGUGGGGCUGGUACCGUGCGCCGUGGGUGGAACCGCCAUCAAGGAAUGGGCGCGUGGGCAGCACUUGUAUGAGAGUAUGGUGAAGAGAACUAAAGAGAGUGUGAAGAGUAAAGGGGAAAUCAAGGCUUUGCUUUGGUACCAAGGGGAGACCGAUACGUCGUCGCAUCACGAUGCUACAGCCUAUAAGGCAAAUAUGGAGACGUUGAUUCAUAAUGUGCGCCAGGAUCUGGGAUUGCCUUCGCUUCCAGUCAUUCAGGUUGCAAUUGCAUCAGGGGAUGCGAGGUACAUCAAGACAGUGAGAGAAGCACAACUAGGGAUCAAUCUCCCAAAUGUAAUAUGUGUGGAUGCCAAAGGGUUGCCUCUCAAAGAGGACCACCUUCACUUAACCACUGAGGCCCAGGUUAAGUUGGGGCACAUGCUGGCUGAUGCUUUUCUUACCCAUUUUAUUGCCCCCUCACAGUCAUCUUCCCUCGCUUGACUCCCAAGGGAGGGCUAAAAUCUAAAGCAUCUAAUAAUCCGAAGGCUUCAUUAAGUUGUUGGUUCCAUUUUGCAUCUUCGAUGUUGACCUUGUAGCCUCUUUAUGGGCCUAGCUGAUGAUGUUAUUGAUUGUUAGUCAUAUGUGCCUUUCCUGAGGGCCCAAAUCAUGAAUCUGACCAAAUAUUGGUCAUAAAUAAAUGUAGCAAAUUCCACUUGCAA